AUGCCUUUCCUUCAUUCUUCAAACACGCAUACACAAAUAAUCCAAUGUCCAGACAAUGAAGAUUCGGUGAUAGCCAAAAAAGUAGCCCAUUCUGUCACCAAAUUGCUUAAAAAGGAGAAGGACGAGAUUAGGGGCAAGGAAAAGGACCACAACGCCGUUUCAACCUCAAAGCCUGGCCAUGAUGAUAAAGAGAGGCCAGGAGAUGUUCAAAUGGGCUCUAAAACAAAUGUGGAAGAUGUUCCCAAAAGAAAAAAUGUUGUAGAAUCAGAAGAGGAGGAUGAGGAUGAGGAGGAGGAGGAAGACAACGACGACGAAGGGGCGAGUGAAAUAAGCAAAAAUGCAAAUGGGCAAGAUGAGGAAGACGAUAUUUUGACGGAAGUCAAGCCAAACGAAGCCGAACGAAUAAACAAGGAUAAACGAUCUACUGAUAUACCUUCUCAAGCCGACUCGCUUCCUCAGCUAACAGACGACAGCGAUCUCGACUCACAGAGCAGUCUGGAAGGGAACGAGCAAUUCACGGAACUUUCCGCGUCCAGGUGCGCAACAAAGUGA